CUCUUCUCCUGCUGCUUCUGCUGCUGACCACAAAAGUCCCGUGGUUUCUCACUCCUUUUCAUGUCGCGGAACUUAGACAGUCCUGUUCAGACACAGAUGGCAGUGGCGGUCUUUAGGACUCCCCUUAGUGGGGAGUUCCAUGGGGCUAAUAAGAUGGAAGAGAAGCAGCAUAAACAGCAGCAGCAGCAGCAGCAGCAGCCUGCUGGGCGUAGACGGGUUUUCGUGCAAACUGAAACUGGUUGUGUCCUGGGGAUGGAGUUAGAUCGGAGCGACAAUGUUCAUACUGUGAAGAGAAGGCUCCAGAUUGCACUUAAUUUCCCAACCGAGGAAAGCUCGUUGACCUUUGGGGAUAUGGUUCUCAAGAACGACCUUAGCGCAGUGAGGAAUGAUUCUCCCCUUCUCCUGAAGCGAAACUUGAUGCAUAGAAGCUCGUCUACACCUUGUCUUUCACCCACCGGAAGGGAUCUCCAACAAAAAGACCGCAGUGGUCCUAUUGAGAUACUCGGCCACUCGGAUUGCUUUUCUUCUGUCAAGCAAAUGGUGAAGGAAAUUGUUAAGGCGAUGAAGAUGGGUGUUGAACCGGUCUCUGUUCAUAGUGGGCUUGGAGGGGCAUACUACUUUAGGAAUGGAAAAGGUCAGAGUGUUGCAAUUGUCAAGCCCACGGAUGAGGAGCCAUUUGCACCUAACAAUCCGAAAGGAUUUAUCGGGAAAGCCCUUGGACAGCCUGGCUUGAAGCGUUCGGUACGAGUUGGGGAAACUGGAUUCAGGGAAGUUGCUGCUUAUCUUCUCGACUAUGAUCACUUUGCCAACGUCCCUCCUACCGCUCUGGUGAAGAUAACCCAUUCAGUAUUCAAUGUCAACGAUGGAGUGAACGGGAAUAAACCCCGUGAGAAGAAACUGGUGAGCAAGAUUGCGUCCUUUCAAAAGUUCAUACCUCAUGACUUUGAUGCCAGCGAUCAUGGCACUUCGAGUUUCCCGGUAGCAGCGGUGCACCGUAUUGGGAUAUUAGACAUCAGGAUUUUCAACACGGACCGCCAUGGUGGAAACCUUUUGGUGAGGAAGCUUGAUGGUAUUGGGAGGUUUGAUCAAGUAGAGCUCAUUCCGAUUGAUCACGGCCUUUGCCUUCCGGAGACACUCGAGGAUCCCUACUUUGAGUGGAUUCAUUGGCCUCAGGCAUCAAUACCGUUCUCCGACGAUGAACUCGACUACAUUCAAAGUCUUGAUCCGCUCAAGGAUUGCGACAUGCUCCGGUCAGAACUUCCAAUGAUUCGGGAUGCAUGUCUCCGGGUUCUAGUUCUGUGCACUAUUUUCCUUAAAGAAGCUGCUGCUUAUGGACUUUGUCUUGCCGAGAUUGGUGAGAUGAUGACCCGGGAAUUCCGCCCCGGAGAAGAGGAGCCGAGUGAACUCGAGGUUGUGUGUAUGGAAGCCAGGAGAUUGAUCGCCGAAUCCGACGGUAUAUCUCCAAAGUCGGAAUUGGGAGAUGCAGAGUUUCAGUUCGAUCUGGACUAUGAUGAUCUGGAGUUAGUUUCUGGCCCAAAGAUGGCAACUGAUGACUACUUCACCAGAAACCCCUUCUCAAACGGGCGUUCCUCACUUGCAAAGCUCCAUGAAAGCAUCGAGGAGGAAGAGGAUGAAACAGAGGAAGACCCGCCAAUGCAAGAGAGGAGCUAUUUCGAUUCAGAUGAUUAUUUUGAGAGAGACCCAUCUCUUUCAAAGAUUUCGAUGUCGAUGAAGAACACUCAUAUAAGCGAGACGGGGCAAAAAUACCCGAAAUUCAACGGAAACAGAGUAGUAGAGAACACGUCGAGUGCGAACGAGCAGGGACCAGGGAUGAGUGCAAGCUUUGUGAAGGUAGCGGACAUGAGAGAAGAGGAGUGGGCGAUGUUCCUGGAGAGGUUCCAUGAGCUGCUUCACCCAGCGUUCGCCAAACGCAAAACCGCGACUAUGAGGAAGAGACAGAGACUGGGCACUUCAUGCCAGUUUUGAGGGAAGAGGCAACAAAAGGACAGAGACAGGACAGUACGAGUAAUAUUUAGUACUUAGAGAGACAGGUAUCGCGCUUGAGAACAGUACUACUAUGGAGGCUUCGUUUGGUAGAGAGAGUAGUGCUUAGUCGUUUGGGGUUUUGCAGGCGAUGACGUCACGACCACUCGCUGUGAAAAAAAAUGUUUUCUUUUUUAAUUUGGUUAACUGAUGUAAAUACCCUUUGACCCAUCAAAGCCUAAAACCGAGGAGGAGACUGGAGAAAUUCCCCCCUCUAGAUUUCUUUUGUAUUUUUUUUUUUGAGAAUUGGUUUCUUUUGUGUUCUUUAAUUUCCUCUGGCUUUGCAUGUUUUAUAAAUAAUAAUAGUUUCACGAAGAUAA